AGAAAGAAAAGGAGAAAAAGAGACGUGAACUUUUCUGUUUCUCCUUUUUGGGUUUUCUGCAUGUUUUACGAUUUCGCCCACCCUCAUCUCCAAAAAGAAUACAUCAUUCGGAAAACGCACCAAAGAGAAAAACACAAAGCGUCAAGCAAGAAUAUGGAGGACAACUUUUGCGGUGUUGUGGGGAAUUUUAUGAGGGAUUAUUUGUGACGCCAAGGAAGAAUGUUGAGCAUGAGGAGUGAAUGAUGAAAACAGCUGUUGGGACUCAGAACACGGAGCAUCCUGAGAGGUGAUCUAAAAAACAUUCUUCGGAUUCUUCUGAAAGUUCUCUUUGUCCUCAUUAUGCACUAUGCUCUCCCCUGGCCCUUCCACAGCGCCUUCAGGCCUCUCCAAACCCUCUUCCCCAACAAUAUAUUCACCCAUUCAGGCAUCAUUCCAUCCACAAACCUCUCCUCUUCCUCUAAGUCCUCCUUCUUCCUUGACUUCUACACCAACCUUCCCAUUGGUUGAUAUCUCUGACAACCCAUUCCCUGACCCCGCCUACCAUCUGCUUCCUGCUUCACCCUCAAUCUCACGUGUACAACCUUCCUCACCUCAGCUUAACUCCAAACCAUCCCCACCUCCUCCCCAGAAACCCAUGUCUCCUCAGGUCCCAAAGCCACCCCUCCCAGCACAACUCCCCUCUGCUCUUCCUAAGAGCUCCUCCACUGCUCUGCCUAGACCACCUCCACCUCCUGGAGUUAGAUCCUCAUCUCCACCUCAACCCAGACCACCUCCACCGGUAGUCCCAAAACCACCAGUUAGCAAAUCCAAUAAACCUAUUCCACCUUCAGGCCUCUCCAAACCCUCUUCCCCAACAAUAUAUUCACCCAUUCAGGCAUCAUUCCAUCCACAAACCUCUCCUCUUCCUCUAAGUCCUCCUUCUUCCUUGACUUCUACACCGACCUUCCCAUUGGUUGAUAUCUCUGACAACCCAUCCCCUGACCCCGCCUACCAUCUGCUUCCUGCUUCACCCUCAAUCUCACGUAUCUUUUUAGUUAGGAGGGAUGCAAGUCAAAAAACGAUGAUACUGGCAGUACGCCUUCCCGACCAGCUGGGGGAGACCCAUGUCAAAGAACUGCCUAUAAAGGAAGAAAAGACCUUGCUAUACCUUGAAGGGUCUGUGCUGGUGUUUGAGAACAUUUUUAAACUCAUUGCAUUCUACUGUGUUAGCCGCGACAUCCUUCCUUUUCCCCUGAAGUUACCUCAGGUCAUUCAAAAGGUAGCUAAAUAUGAGGACAUGGAGGUGAUCUCUUCUCUAGGAUCAGAGUUCUGGAACUCAGCUCUGAAUAGUCAUGAGGAAGUGGAAAGCGUUGCUGGUAGUUGUGGUGCUCCAGAUAGGCAGGGGCAAAGCAGCUCCUGUGAAAUCCAGAUUUCAAUCGGCAGUGACCGGCUUUGGUAUGUUAACCCAAUUUUCAUUGAGGAAUGCAGCAACAGCUUGCCGCCCACCUCCUCUGCCCCUGUUUUGAGGACCCAGAGUCUCAACACACCAAUCCAGGCUCCACCCAAAUACAAAAGGCCGCCACCCCUACGUCCUCGUCCUCCCAGUGCACCUGAUUGUUCUCAAAACUAUGCAUUAGCCAAGCCAUCAAAAGGGGAGUUCAAGGCAGUUCUCAGUUCUCCUCCCCCUUCAGUCCAGAAAAGGGAAGGAAGUGACUGUGAGCGUGCAGACAGAGAACAAGAGAGACAGGGAACUCCUGCCCCAAGCACUGAAUGUGAAAAGCCAGCUGUCUUACAACUAGCUCAGGGCAAAGAAGGAAAACAGCUUUUUAAUACAUCUUCACAUCGAGUUCCUCCAAUACCAAUCCGACGGAGACUCUCUGAAAAGCAAGCUUCAGAGGAACCAACGCAGCAGGAAGUCCACACCAGCACCUCCACAGAAGCAAAGGACAAUAUUCUGCAAGUCCCGGUAGCAUCCCUCAUUUGUCUAGAUGACAGAAUGGAAGAAAGGGACAAGCCUAUGGACCCAGAGACUCAGCAACUUCAGGAAGUGCCAGUGGAAGAGUCUAAAGUAACAAAUGGAGUUCCAGUGGUGACUCUAGAGGUAGCACCUCAAACGAAGAGGCCUAAUGCUCCAGUGGCACCUCCCAGGAAGAAAAGAUUAUCUCAGAAUCUGACCGGACAAGUCUCCCAAAGCUUUGUAAACUCACUCACGCCAAUUCCUCAAGAGUCCACUUCCACUUUUCCUUUAAACUCAAGCAGCCCCAGUCCCAUCCGCCACUCGCUUUGCAUCGAUGCCAGUCAUCCCAAAGUCUCAGAUGUUUCUCUAUACUCUCCUGAUGGUGGAGCUCCACCAGACCAUGACUCUUACUCAACCAGCAGCACAGAGGAGGAGGUGGAUACCAAUGCGGCAACAGGUACUGUCAUCAAGAGGACCCCAACAAUUAUGUUAGACCGCGCCAAACAACGACUGUCAAUGGUGUCUAUGGCAAACCUCUCGAAUGUCCUCACAGGCUUCAUGAACGCAGACCGUAAGUUGCAGAAGCGCAUUGUUGAACUGUCUCGGGAUGGAAACACAUACUUUGGGAACCUUGUUAAAGAUUAUCGAGCUUUCACUUUGGACACCAUGCGGAAACACACCUCCAGCACAGAGAUGCUCCAAGAAAUCAGGCAGAUAAUAACCCAACUGAAAAGCUAUCUGAUCCAGAGUGCGGAGCUACAAAAUCUUCAGGAAGCUGCUGGAUACUCUGAGGAGAAACUGGAGAUGAUUGUUGAAGCAGCCUUAUGCAAAAGUGUCCUGAAACCCUUACGAGAGUCUGUGUAUAACGGACUGAGGGAUAUCCACUCCCGUGCAGGAAAUUUGAAGAAACUAAAAGAAAACCAACAAGUGGUUCAGGGGACGACCACCACAGACCUGGGGGUCAUCACCAGUGUUCCUGAAACGGCCGUUAUGGAGAAAAUUCAAACAAAGCUGGGGAACCUGCACCAAGAAUAUUCACCUCAGAAGAAGAUCGACCUGCUACUCAAGACCUGCAAAAUCAUCUAUGAAUCUAUGUCUGUAGGCUGUCCAGGAAAGGCUCACGGGGCUGAUGAUUUCCUGCCCGUGCUGAUGUACGUCUUGGCUCGCUGUAACAUCAGCGCUCUGCUGCUGGAUGUGGAGUACAUGAUGGAGCUAAUGGAUCCAGCACUGCAGCUUGGAGAGGGUUCGUACUAUCUCACCACCACUUAUGGAGCUCUGGAGCAUAUCAAAAAUUUUGAUAAACAAGCUGUGAACAGACAGCUGAGUUUGGAGAUCCAAGACUCCAUCCAUCGAUGGGAGCGCCGCCGCACCCUAAACAAAGCCAGAGCGUCACGCUCCUCUGUACAGGACUUCAUUAACGUGUCCUUCCUGGAGGCUGGAUCCAACACCAAGACCUUGGGAUUGCGUCCCAACACUACCGCUCAGGACCUGUGCAAUCAGUGCGCAGAGAAGUUCGAGGUGCUGGAUCCUGAGUCUUAUUGCCUAAGCAUGCUGGUGGACGGCCAUUACAAGCCUUUGGCUCCCGAGGAUUUUCCUCUCACCAUCAAAUCCACUUUGCACCACAGUGAGCCAUGCAAGGAAUAUUAUUUUGUCUACCGCCACGGUCGCUGGCCAGAACAAGAGUCUGUGGAUCAGACGCCAUCUGCACCAGCUCCUGAAGAGAGUUUGAUAUGAACUAAUGCGUUUGUAUGUGUGUCAGUGAUAGGUGGGUCUUUAGCAGAGGGUUUGAGCUGCUUGAAUGGACAACUUUAAUUUACGAAAGAAUGUAAGUGAUGCACAAGAAUGUAAGCUGACAUUAUGAUGCCUAACCACAUAGCAGAAUGUGCUAUUUGCCCAGGGAAAUUAAACGAAUACAAAAACUGGCUUACAAGCUGGCUGGCAUUUGCUUUAAAACAUGAGCUGGAAAGGACCAGGACUGGAAUCCGAAAUCUGUUUUGAAAAGAUCUAAUAUUUUUUCUCCUAGAAAAGCCUCACAUAAAGAGCCUGCAUUAUUAAAAAUAAAAAUAAAUAAUUUUUUGAAACUCAAGAAUAUUUGCACACACACACACACAACAGAUAUAUCUUUCACCUUAGUUAGCCUUUACUUGAGCAGAUCUGUUGUUCCCAAGCGUUAUACAGUCCUUGAAAGUUUAAUGAUUUACAAAUGAAACUUCAUCUUUCCAAUAUGGAAAUCUUUUCACAUCUCAGGGCUCAGCAGAUUGUGACUCAUACCCUGUUUCGGUGCUUAUUUCUUCAUUUAUACGUUUCUUUAAGCAAUGCAUCUUUACAAACCUUGAACUGGUUAUGCACCUGCAUUGCUCUUCAAUCAUAUACUGCCAUACAGAUAUGCUCUCUGUGUUAUAUUUUAUUCAUAUUUGAUUCACGGUUGCUGCUUUUUAUAUCACAACAUAUACAAUAGUUUAGGCAUAAGCUCUGUUUUUUUUAAGCAGCAUGAAUGCAUAUGUAUCACACACAUUGUGAGACUGUUCCAGUGAGCACAACACUUGUCAAACCAAAGAUUGGUGUUAUAUUAAAAAUAUAUUCUGGUAAUAAAUACAUUUUAC